GUUGAAACCUGACCCAAGUCCUCAGCUCCUAGAAGGGAUUGGAUCCUCCUUGCGAAGAGCAAGGAAUAAGUCUCUUGGCCAAACAGGCAGAGUUUGUAAAAGAACUUCAGCAAAUCAGGAGUGAUUGGAUGAAAAGGAAACCCCUGACCCUCCCCUCCUGCACCUGACGAGUGGGUAUUUACAGCACUUUGCAAAGAGCCCUGCACUACACAAUUUUACUGCAUGGGGUGAGCAGAGAGGACAAUGCUGUAGAGGACCAAUGUGCAAGCAGUGAUUCUGUCUGCUGCUGCUGCCCAAAAGCUGGGGACCGUUAUUCUGAAGCUGAAAGGAGGUUUCGGGAAGAAGGCAGCCCUGCAUUUCAAGAUGCCACGAUCCUUCUUGGUCAAGAAACAUUUCAACUCUUCCAAAAAGCCAAACUAUGGUGAACUGGAUACUCACACAGGUAAUCCAGGGCUGAAAGCUGUAUUCUAACUGCUCUGAUUGUUGCUGCUGAAGCGGGACUUUUCAUAGCCUGGUGCAAACUUUUAACAAACUUUUUUUACAGAUCUCUCUCUCUCCUUCCCCUCUUCUUCCCCCCUAAAAAAUGUCAGUGCCAACAGAAUUAAAACUUCAACUUAGGAGUUUGCUUCAUUGCUGAAAAUUUUUCUCUCUCUCUGUUGCAAAAUGAGUGACUUGGAAAUGUAAGAGAAUGAUGUGGAUUUUACUGCUGGAUUUCCUCUGGCUGCAGCAGAGGCUUGGGGAGGAAAGCUGUUACUUUGAGCAGACCUCCCAACUUAUGUAAAGUUUUAUCUAAAGUUACAGAACGUUACAUUCAUUCUGUGUGUUUCAUUGGAGUAGACUAGUGUCAGUAGGAUUUCAUCAUUUCCAGUCUCCAUGAGUAUUGGAUAUAUUGUACUGCUAUUAUAAAGAGAAAAAUCUCUGUUGUCUUAAAACGAUUCUCUUUUUUUCUUUUCUUCCAGUGAUCAUUUCCCCAUACCUUUAUGAGAGCUACCCCAUGCCUAUCAUUCCACAGCCUGAGAUCCUGAGCUCAGUUGCUUACAACCCCAUCACAGUGUGGACUACAACUGGGCUGCUGCCUUCCCCUUUACCCAGUGACCUCUCACCUCUCUCCGGAUACCCUUCGUCUUUGGGAAGAGUCAGCCCACCUCCACAUUCUGACACUUCAUCCAAGGAUCACAGUGGCUCGGAGAGUCCCAUUAGUGAUGAAGAAGAGAGGAUCCAGUCCAAACUUUCCGACCCUCAUGCAACUGAAGCAGAGAAAUUUCAAUGCAGCUUAUGCAAUAAGACCUAUUCAACUUUCUCUGGACUGGCGAAGCAUAAGCAGUUGCACUGUGAUGCCCAGUCUAGGAAAUCUUUCAGCUGUAAAUACUGUGACAAGGAAUACGUGAGCCUAGGAGCUCUUAAGAUGCACAUCAGGACCCACACACUACCUUGUGUCUGCAAGAUCUGUGGCAAGGCUUUCUCUAGACCAUGGUUACUUCAAGGACACAUCAGAACACAUACCGGUAAGAGGGGAAAUGUGAUUGUGCAUAGCAUGUAUUGCUGCAGUAGCAUGUAUUGCUGCAACAAUUCCAUUUUUUAAAAAUCCAUAGGGCUUUAUGGUCAAUUUCAUGUUUUCCAGUUAUACUGUUCACUCUGCUAAAUGUUCACCAGACUUCUUUUCUUUUUAAAUCAUUUAUGAGUGGGUCAGCUUAUGUACUGGUGUAACACUUUUUCACUUUAGAGAACUUAAAGUUUGCUUCGGCAAGCUGUCACAAGACAGGGAUCCAUUUGACCCUAAGAAUUCCAUGCUUCAACAUGAGUGUUGGAACACGCUUUUGGAAGGAAUGCAGGUGCAAGGUAGACAGAUCAGACAGCAAACAAGAGAGAAGGAAGUAUGCAGAAAUACCAGGUUCCCUAUGCAAUAAUCUGCAGUCAAGCAUUAUAUCCAAGCAAUGCACACAGCAAACCCCCUUAGUCAGCAUAUAGGCACAGAAUUUUACACUCUAAUCAAAUGUGCAGUUCUUGGAAAUGAGUUCCACAGAAAGCAAUAAGUCUUACAUGUAAGAAAGAUGUGUACUGUAGAAAGUCAUUUAGAAGAUCUGGCAUCUCAGUGCUAAACACAAAGGACCUGAUCCCAUGAAGUAAAUCCCACAGAAAUAAAUGGGAAUUAAGGAUUGUAUUUUAAAUAGAAGUUCCAUUCCACUGACAGUGCAACUGGAUUCCAGAUUAAUGGGUUUGAAGGCAUAGACGAAUCUGCAAACUGCAAUCCAAAGCUGGAAUUUACAGUUACCUAGGAGUAAGUCCCAUUGAACUUAAUACAAGAUGAAUGUCACUGUGAGCAACAAAAGUUAACCUUAAGACAAAUUACACUCUAAUUCAAACACUUAUCAUAGAAAGAAUUUCUGAUUUUCUUCAAUGGUACUAAACACCUUAAAGUUGCAGUCCUGUGCUUCGUUCAGUAGGGGGAAGCUCCACUGAGGACAGUCAGCCUAAUUUCCAAAGAGAAUUUGGCUGCAUAGCCUUUAAACCCCACUAAACUCAGCUGCACUGACUUCUGUGAACAAUGCCUAGGGCCAGAGUGUAAGUCAAAAAUGUUCACAGACUUGAGUAGCUUGUGCAUUAAUUGCAAGCUUUUAUUGAUCAUGUGCAAGUGAGUCCUCUUGCUACUCCUUGUCCUGCCUCUGUUCCAAGGAAGCAGAGUGCAAUGCUGAAGCAUUCAAUCUGAUGGGAAUUCUGCCAUUCACACCAAUGGCAUGUAAACUACAGCCUUGGGCAGCAGUAGGCGUUGCACAGGAUACAGUAAAUGAAUGGAAGGAACAUAUGAAAAUGCUGGGUGGAGCCCAGCCUGCAGGCACUGGCUGCACCUGCUGAAGCAGAAAGUGUCAGUGGCUUGUCAUUCAAUGCACCAUGAAUCCUGCAAACUCUGAAAAGUAUGAAAUAAUGAAUGGACAGCCUGCAGUGUAAUGAAUGGACCCUUUAAUAAUAUAUAGAACCCAAACACCCAUUUUCACAGGCACGAUGUUUUUUUUAUUCCUCUGCAAAACUACUUGUCCCAUUUAUACAGAAAGUUCCUUACUUGAGCUUUAAAACGAUUAAACCUCUUUUGUGUAUUUCUUUCCAGGAGAGAAGCCUUUUUCGUGCCCUCAUUGCAACAGAGCAUUUGCAGACAGGUCAAAUUUGAGGGCCCACUUGCAGACCCAUUCGGAUGUGAAGAAAUACCAAUGCAAAAACUGUUCAAAAACUUUCUCCCGGAUGUCUCUUCUGCACAAACAUGAGGAAUCUGGCUGCUGUGUAGCUCACUGAAUUUGCCUGGGCUCUGAACAUUUCUCUACUCCUUUUCAACAGAACAGGAGGAACCCUCAGCCCUGGAGGCAGUUUAUAUUUUACUUCCCAACUCAACAACUCCACUGGAAGAUGCAAAUAACAUCAAAUUGCUUUUUAGUUCAAUUGUUAAGCUUGACAAUUGUGUGAUACAAAGGAAAUCAAAAGAACUUAAAUACGGGAAGAUGGAAAAGCCAAAUGGACAACUUUUUUUAAAAAAAACCUAAAAUUUACAUUCCAAAACUAAGUUUUGCCAGAUACCAAAUAUCACAGGUGCUUUCCAGUGUCUUCUAUAUCAAGUCAUUAUGUGGUGAAUAGGACAGGUUGCUGGUAUUUCUUAAAUAGUGUGCUUCUUGAUCAGCACCCUGAAUUGUCUUCAGAUGUCAUCAUUAGAAGAGAACAAGAAUGUAUGUCCAGUUGUCUUAACAGUAUGUGCCUUAGUAAAACUGUCACUGCAGACAUUCCUAGGCGCAUGCUUGAUACACACUUCUUUUUAAAAAAAACUAUUGUGAUUGUUAACUUGUGAUGUUGUUGUUUUUAUAAAAACAAAUGGGAAUAAGUGCAAGCAUGAGGGUUAAUGGGAUUUUGACAAUGGAUUUCUUAAGAGCUUUUUUUCCUAAAUGCACAAAGGAAAUGCAAUAGCCUGAGCAAUACCCUCCAGUGCCUUUUUUUAAAAAAAAAAGAAAAUGAAUACCUUUGUUUAUUGACAUAAUGUAAAUAGUUUUAUUUUUAUAUGGCUGAAUGUGUUCUGAAUCAAAAUAUUAUCUAUAGCCACGCCUAUAGAUAUCUUGAAGAAAGUAUGGAUACAAAUUGUAUUGUUUUCUAGAAAUAAUUUUUGUAUAAAUAAACAUUUUUAAGAAAUACCUGUGCAAUUUCUCCUCCAUUAGGAGACCCAGAGUCCCAUCUGCACCCACUUCUCCCCACACACCCCAACACACACAUGGACUCUGGUGCUGAUUGUCAGUAGGAAAGCAUGACAAGUCGGG